AUGUUGAUCAAUCAGUACUACUCAGCUGGACCAUCCCGCGUCACCAACUACUAUUACGGCCCCACCCCUACCUAUAUCCCGACCUGCGCGCCUCGCCCAGCUCUCGCACAUCCGUCGCCGAAGCCGACGUAUCACUACCUCCCGCCCGUCCUCCCCACACCUCGACUUGGAGCGUACGGUGGAUCACCCGUCAUCAUUAUCAAUAAUGUCACCUCGUGCCGGGACCCACCAACCUUCACACCACCUGUGGCAGCCAGUCCGCUGCCGGUCUACGACGAGCCUUCGUACACGACUACAAGAUAUCUGGUCAACGGAGAGGAGAUACCAGGAAUGUCACCUUACAAGCCUGUGUGCGCUCUGGGCGAUAGCACGUUCGAGGCAGGCCCUCCAAUGUGUUCACCGCCCUCGCCGCGCCCAAUCCCAUCGCCUCCUACGUCGCCUCCACCCCCUCCGCCCAAUGCACUCUCUGCCUCCCACGGUACCAACGCAACGAACCAACAUAUGUUCUCUUUCCCAUCGUCUCGGAUUAGAUCAGGCUCCUCGGCUACACAGACUAGUACCAGAAGGCCCCUUCCUCCUACCCCUACUGCCUCUCGCCGUCGGUCCGGCUCACCAGACGGCCAAUCCGAUGUACGCGACGCGACUAGGACUUCCGAACCUCCGAACCAGCCUGAUCGGGGUGCUGCUGCUGAUCUCCAAACCUCGUCGCAUCGACGUGAGAGCAGUACUGACUCGACGGCCAGUGACCCUGUGGUAGAGGAGUGGCGGCGGGAGUCGCGAAGAAACACAUUGCUGAACUCCAUCCGUCUGCGCCACCCAUCUUUGUAUCCCAACAGUGCAACGCGUGUAGGUCGUCGGCCGUCGGGUCCUCAGAGCAGAGCAAGGCGUGGAUACGCAGGCGAAUCUCUGGAGCAUACGCCUCAAGUCCGGAUCGCGUCACGAAGAGAGACCGGUCCUCGGGCUGAGACGAGGGGGAAGUUGUAG